AUGCCAACUUCUCAUGGAGUCACGGUGUCAAUGCAUAAAGAAGGAGGUGGCUUAUUCACCGAGUUUGACACCCGCAAUCUUCGCAGUUCAGGUGCUGCCGGCCAGGUCAUCUCGAGCAUGGUUCUAUGCGAGGACAACCAGAAGUUUACCAUCAAAGUCAAGACGGCGAGGACGCUCCCGCCUCUCCAGACCAAAAGGAAGUCUGCGCACGAUCCUUUCCGCAUACAGGCGAAGAAACAAUCUGACGGUUCAAACGUAAAUUCUGGGCUGUCUGGUGCGGACAACGGGUUGAGGAAGAGAGAAUGGGACGACGAAGGUAGAGAGCGUCUACUUGUUAAGGUCUUUAUUGAUGGCAACCCCUGCGCUGAAUGCGCAUCAGUGGUAACAUUGGGUGACGAGAGGGUCCUUCGUGGGCGCUUGGGUCACGAUGCCAUAGGACGUAUGGUGACAAAAGAUUGGAGUUUCACAUCUGUCGGCAUUGAGCACUUGCUACGAGGCAUGACGAUUAAGCGCGAGGAUUGUGAGAUUCCGACUGAUGCCCAUAGUCGUGAUCUCAUUGAAUUGCAGAACCAGCUGAACGGCGACAUCUUGGGAACUACGAAACCGAAGUUGGCUCAAGGAAUUGAUGUUCAGGUUUCGAGAGUCCGCACGCAUGCUUCUCGUACGGUAGGUUCUUGCUCGAAAUACGCCGGCGACUAUCCAGACCGCGCUGACAAUCUGAUUGAAGGUGAUAUGACACACAUGGCUGGGGUCGUUGCAUCGUCCAGAAGAGCAGUUUUACCUAUCCGGGUCCACUAUGAGUAUGUGGACGAGAACGAGAAAGUUUUUGUGACAUUUCGCUUUCAAUACAUGGCCAAACAGAAGCUUUAUAAUCUCGGCUUGUGUCAUGAGGAUGGAAGACCAACAGGGCAGAAGCGGGCAGACAGAAUAUCAGGCUUGAACUUACUGCCGCCCACCCUGAAGAGAAGUCUGGGAACCUAUCAGGAGGAGUCAAAUUCUACACCUCGAACGCCAGCAACUCCAACAUUGCGGGCAGCCGCUAGACCUUACGUGCCAAAGUCGCCGCCGCAUGUUCCCAAGCGCUCUUUGAGAAGUGGCCUGUCAGGAAGUACAAGCUCAUAUGCUGAUACCAACAGAGACGACCGCGGUGUGGAACCGGCUGUUGGCGCUGAGGAAGGUCCCCGAAAGCGUCCAAAUAUUUCGAAUCAGGGCACACAAUUGACAUUCAAUCUCCCUGUUCGACGAAAGAUGCCUCACCCAACAAAGGAUGCUCAGGUGAAAGGAGAAGUCAAGGGUGUUGUUGAAAACUGUGAGCCACGUGCGAAUUCAGCUAAUCCGGUCCUAGGUGAGACUAUAGCCAACCCAAAGAGUGGAAAGAAGGUCAUCUACUUUGGUUCAGAUACGUAUAACAUCCUCGAGGGCCCAGACGAUGAGUAA